AUGAUGCCAGAGGAAUAUGACGUUGUCAUAGUCGGUGCUGGUCCCGUGGGCCUCAUGUUCUCUGCCUGUCUCGCUCGGCUUGGUUCCUACAAGAUCAAGCAUGUGGACAAUCGCGCGGAGCCAACGGCGAUCGGCCGCGCUGACGGUAUCCAGGCUCGAACUCUGGACGUGCUGAAUAGCAUGGGAUUAAAGAGACCCAUCUGGGCCUAUAAGCCUGGGCUAAUCUACGAGGUUGCUUUCUGGGCAGCAAGCCAGGAUAAGACUGGCAUUGAGCGGACUGGAACCACCAAGAGCUAUCCAGAUCACAUUGACACACGCUAUCCGUUCACGACCAUCCUUCACCAAGGUCGCAUUGAAAGCAUCUUUCUCGAUGACUUGCGAUCCCGCGGGAUUGAGGUACAGCGGCCGUGGACAGUCCAAACAGCCACAUAUCGCGGGUCUGGGUCUGAAUACCCCCUCGACGUGGAGCUUGUCAGUAUCGACGGUCUCGCAAAGGAGACAAUCAAGGCGAAGUACUUGUUUGGCGCGGACGGCGCGCGCAGUUGUGUGCGGGAGCUGUUGAAGAUCCCGAUGAUUUACAAAGAUCCGACGGUGCACGUGUGGAGUGUAAUUGACGGAGUAGUCAAGACGGAUUUUCCGGAUAUGCAGCUUAAAUGUAACAUCCGUUCGCCACAAGGCUCUUGCAUGAUCAUCCCUCAAGGAAACAAUCGCGUGCGCAUAUACGUUCAGAUCUCGAACGGGGAUGGUCAAGAUCCGUCUGUGGAGACCUCGCAGAUGAAGAUUCAGCACAUGGCCAACAAAAUUCUCAGCCCCUACAAAGUCGAAUGGGAGUCUGUUGAUUGGCACUCUGCUUACCGUAUCGGUCAGGGUAUCUCGCAGCGGUACUCGUUGGCAAACCGCAUCUUCAUCGGCGGCGACGCCUGUCACACACACAGUCCCAAAGCCGGCCAGGGUAUGAAUUAUGGUAUUUUAGACUCCCACAAUCUGGCCUGGAAGCUUCACUUGGUGGAAUCCGGCCUGAUGCGCCCCGAGUUGCUGGACACAUAUGAGGAGGAACGCCGCGCCGUAGCCUCACGCUUAAUUGAAUUCGACGCUGCAUACGCUGGCCUAUUCAGCUCACACAACCCCUCACAGCAGACAAAUGACGAAUUUAUCCGCAUCUUCAGGGAAAACUCCCUCUUGACCAGCGGCUAUGGUGUGGAAUACCCACCCAAUAUCCUCACCCAUCUCACCGACGCCGCGGACUCCACUUCCCCAUUGCCAAACGCCCUCCAGCCUGGUCGCAGCUUCCCCUUGCUCAACGUGACACGUGUGAUUGAUGCGUGUGAGAUUCCGCUGGAGCGCGAAGUACCCUUCAACGGUAGCUUUCACGUGUACCUGUUUGCCGGUGAGCAGCGGCAACAUCGACCACGCGUGCUAGAGGACCUAGCAGCACAUCUCUCACGCGAAGAAUCUGUGUUCUCACGGGUUGUGGACAAAGCGUCCGAUCCGGAGUUGUCUUACGAGGCCCGGCAUAAUCCGCACUCUGCGUUGUACACAUUCUCCAUCAUCUUUAAUGCGACGCGCGCGUCCAUCGAUAUCCAGGCCUUGCCGUCGUUCUUUAAGCCAUACCGCUAUCAUAUCUACUCGGACGAUGCGAGAAGCCGAAAGUCACACGCUGGGUUUUCGGGUGCAGCCCAUGCAAAGUUGGGAUUCGAUCCACAGGAAGGGGGUGUGGUCGUUGUGCGUCCUGAUGGUUACGUCGGAUGUGUGCUUGAGUUGGCGGAAGGCAGAGCGACAGCGGGUGGACUGGAAAAAUACUUUUCCAACAUCGUGCCUGUCAGUCAGACCAAUGAGACGAUCUUGAGUAUGUUGUAA